CAGGUGGUGCUAAUAGCUCUGAAUGCGGUCGAUAGCAGCCAGGAUCACUCGAAUGAAUCACAAAUGCCAGCGAGCAGCCGAGGAGCGCGCUGGUGCUCUGAAGCAGUGAUGACUCUACUGUCGCCGUUGCUGCAGCUGCUGCUCGUGUCGGACGACAAGACCACCACGCGCUGCAUCUCUGAGCUGCUCAGGGCCAUGUUCGCCGUGGCGCAGCGUCGGGGCAAUCCUGAUCUGUCGUGCCUGGUGUCGUGUGUGGGGGAGUGGGUGGCGGGCCAGCUGUCGUGGCAGAGCAGCAAAGUGUUCGCCGUGUUGACGGGACUGUGCCUCCUGCACGCCCCUCUUGUGCGCGCUGCUCUGCCCUCCGUCCUCGCCGCUGUCGCUGACACCGAGCAGAAGCGCGGCACUGGCGUCGACGUGAAACUCAGGGAAAUGUACGCCAAAUUGGAGCUAAGAGCAUCGGCAACUCCUGUCACGUGAUGAAAAUCUUCAGGCUGGAGAUUACAGCACAAAGCUGUGCAGUUGAAUGCUUUCUUCAAAAAAAAAAAAACCUGUAAAUUCAUUCAUUUGUCGAGUAGGAAACGGAAAUGUUACUUUCUUUGCCGCACGAGAAAUUCUGUUACUUGUAUAGGAGAGUAUAAUAAUGCCAUGGAAAUAUUAAGCUGAGUAAAAUUUUAUUUCUUUUUUGUCUCAAUAAUGCAUUUUUUUAUACAAAAUUGUUUUAAAUAAACAUGUAAACGGUACAGUUGGUUAUGUAAUAGAAGCAACAUAAAUCUGGAUCAAAGUAAGCUAAGAGUAGGCGUGCAACGCGUGGUCCUAAUAAAGAUUAAAUUUGAAUAACUAAACUUUGUAAUUUUAUCUAAC